AUGGCGUUCUUCCAGUACAUCUCCUUAGCCCCAGAGCUGCUACUGGCCACUGUCAUCUUCUGUUUAGUGUUCUGGAUGGUCAGAGCCACAAGGACCCGGGUUCCCAAAGGUCUGAAGAGUCCACCCGGACCCUGGGGCUUGCCCUUCAUUGGGCACAUACUGACCCUGGGGAAGAACCCACACUUGUCACUGACAAAAUUGAGUCAGCAGUAUGGGGACGUGCUGCAGAUCCGAAUUGGCUCCACUCCUGUGGUGGUGCUGAGCGGCCUGAACACCAUCAAGCAGGCCCUGGUAAGGCAGGGAGAUGACUUCAAGGGCCGACCAGACCUCUACAGCUUCACUCUUAUCACUAACGGGAAGAGCAUGACUUUCAACCCAGACUCUGGACCAGUGUGGGCUGCGCGCCGGCGCCUGGCCCAGGAUGCGCUGAAGAGCUUCUCCAUAGCCUCAGACCCGACGUCGGCAUCCUCUUGCUACUUGGAGGAGCACGUGAGCAAGGAGGCUAACAAUUUAGUCAGCAAGCUCCAGAAGCAGAUGGCAGAGGUUGGCCACUUCGAGCCCGUCAACCAGGUGGUGGGAUCGGUAGCGAACGUCAUUGGAGCCAUGUGCUUUGGGAAGAACUUCCCCCAGAAGAGUGAGGAGAUGCUGAACAUCGUGAGGAACAGCAGCGACUUCGUGGAGAACGUCACCUCGGGGAAUGCUGUGGAUUUCUUCCCGAUCCUGCGCUACCUGCCCAACCCAGCCCUCAAGAAGUUUAAAAACUUCAAUGAUAACUUUGUGCUGUUUCUGCAGAAAACAGUCCAGCAGCACUAUCAAGAUUUCAACAAGGACAGUAUCCAGGACAUCACAGGUGCCCUGUUCAAGCACAGUGAGAACAGCAGAGACAAUGGUGGUCUCAUCCCUCAGGAGAAGAUUGUCAACAUUGUCAAUGACAUCUUUGGAGCUGGAUUUGAAACAGUUACCACAGCCAUCACCUGGAGCCUUUUGAUACUUGUGACAGAGCCCAAGGUGCAGAGGAAGAUACAUGAGGAACUGGAUACAGUGAUUGGCAGAGAUCGGCAGCCCCAGCUUUCUGACAGACCCCAGCUGCCAUAUCUGGAGGCCUUCAUCCUGGAGAUCUACCGAUACACGUCCUUUGUCCCCUUCACCAUCCCCCACAGCACAACAAGGGACACCUCACUGAAUGGCUAUCACAUUCCCAAGGAGUGCUGUAUCUUCAUAAACCAGUGGCAGGUCAACCAUGAUGAGAAGCAGUGGAAAGACCCCUUUGUGUUCCGCCCAGAGCGGUUUCUUACCAAUAACAACUCAGCCAUCGACAAGACACAGAGUGAAAAGGUGAUGCUGUUCGGCUUGGGAAAGCGCCGGUGCAUCGGGGAGAUCCCGGCCAAGUGGGAAGUCUUCCUCUUCUUAGCCAUCCUCCUGCAGCAGCUGGAGUUCAGUGUGCCACCGGGCGUGAAGGUGGACCUGACACCCAACUAUGGGUUGACCAUGAAGCCCAGGACCUGUGAACACAUCCAGGCAUGGCCACGCUUUUCCAAGUGAAGAUGGCCGAGGCAUGAGUGGGGCCGUCACCCUUGUUUCUUUUCCUUUCUUUAGAUAACAGCUUUUCUGAGGAACAAUUCU